CACCUUUAAGGUACUGUGUGGUACACAUUUGUACUUUUUAGGUAGUAAUGUGUGCCUUUAAGAAGCUGUUAGGAAGAACAUUUUAACUUUCAAAAAAGUACCGCCCUAGGGACAGAUCUUUAUUUCUCAUUACACUCAGCAGUCUCAUAAAGGAACUGAGUAAGUCAUUUCAUAAUUUGUCGGUCGUCAGCUAGCAGGCAUGGAUAAGUUAAAAUCUUUAUUCAGCUUCGCUCAGAAACAGGAGACCAGUUUAGGAUUCGGACUUAUUUCUAUCAUAACUGUGGGAAGCGAGCACGUCUUCUCGGUCUUUGCUUUUAAGUGCCCUUGCAAUGAUUGGAACUUCGUGUAUGGCAACGUCUGCCUCCUCGUGCCCGCAGCUGCACUGCUCAUCCUAAGUUACAUGUUGAGCAACAAAACAUGGAAAUUAUUCACCGGUCUGUGCUACAGGAGAUCGAGACUAUGUCGUUUUAAUUAUACGUUUGGCUUUCUGUGCGUUUUUCUUCAAAUCACCGUGACUGCAAUGGUUGCACCUCUCAGCUGGAUCGCAGUCGCUCUGCUUAAAGGAGAGUUUUUCGAGUGUUCAAUGACUGGCGCCAACUUUACCCUCUUCAGACGUCACAUUUGCAGCGAUAAGUAUCCUCACUGUCGAACAGACCUGGAGAAGUUCCCCUGUGCUAGCACUGCCACUGGAAUCCCGCAAAAUGAGAGAGAAGCUGUUCUGUCCCUCAUACGAGCAGAGUCACAGGUGCUUGGCUGGACCCUGAUAGCUUCUGUCAUGCUGUUCACCUUCCUGCUCACAUGCAUGGCCAGAUGCUACUCUCCAAUCAGUUACAUGCAGCUGAAGUUUUGGAAGAUGUACACUCAGAAGGAGAGUGACUUUUUGGACAGCUACACAUCUCAACAUGCCGAGAAUCUUGCUAAGAGAAACAUAACCAGUUUCUUUGAGUUAACCAAACCCAUUCCUAUAAAGAGCCCUCCAAGACAGGCCUGGGAGAAGGUCUCGAGGUUCUACAAGUACCAAAACAUGAACCAAUACUACAGCAUCCUGCACAAGUAUGUGUGCACUUGUGAGGACCUUGAAAACCCAGCCUCAAGAGGUUCAGUGAGGUCUGAAAAUGAUUUCUCAAAUCCAGCAGCACUUGCAUUUGUAGAUGAGAGCAAAAUGGUCCUGUAGAUAUGCACACAUCCUUUCCUUUUUACUCUUUACCAUGUGUUUGUGGUCAAAUGUAACAGAACUUCUAUUUUUUGACUGUUCCUUUUUAAGUUUCGUAGUUCUACUCUCUUUUUAACACAUUGAAACAUUCAUUUUUAUAUUACUUUUUUCUUUAAACAUUUUUAUAUGAACAAUACUUAACCUUGCUUAUGGCAAAUGAGUGUAUGUUUGAAUGUAGUUUUCUCAUACAUUUGUGUUCGAACCGUGCUAUUUUUAGCGUACAAAUACAAAUAAAAAAUGCAUUGUAAAAGUU